CACACCCACCUUUACUCUCGCGUGCACCACUUCGCUUGAGUUGGACGUUACUGGACUGCUUCUCGGUGUACACCUAAUCAAGAACCAAAAUAACAGACCAGGCGACAUGGCAGACAGGAAAGCUGUAAUAAAGAAUGCUGACAUGUCCGAGGACAUGCAGCAGGACGCCGUGGAGUGUGCCACCCAGGCCCUGGAGAAGUUCAACAUCGAGAAGGACAUCGCUGCCUACAUCAAAAAGGAGUUUGACAAGAAAUACAACCCGACCUGGCACUGCAUCGUGGGAAGGAACUUUGGCAGUUACGUGACUCACGAGACCAAACAUUUCAUCUACUUCUACUUGGGCCAGGUGGCCAUCCUGCUCUUCAAAUCUGGUUAAGAGCGCGCGCACACUUCGAAACACACGCACACACAACUAUAACACAUUACUGACUCGACAAAGGCAUCCAUUCCCAGGCGGGUGUGGGGACGCUGCCUUUUUUGUGCUUUCUAUUUUUGUUCUGAGGAUUAAAAUGUGGCCAUCUAAAAAUAAAAUAUUUAUUUUUGUCUGUUA